AUGACUAGAGAAAAUUGUAAAGCUAAACUUGCUGUGGUUAGGUCAAAAACGGAGAAAUUUGUCAUCACUGUAUUUGUUGAAGAACAUAGUCAUCCAUUAUCAACCCCUCGAAGAGUGCAUUUAUUGAGAUCACAUCGUAGUGUGUCUGAAGCCAAGAAGUCACUAACUUUGCAGUUUUCAGCAGCAAAUGUGCCAACUCAUCAACAAAUAAGCAUUCUUGAAUUUGAAGCUGGAGGUAUAGAAAACAUUGGGUGUACAAAGAAGGAUAUAUAUAACCAUGAAGCUAAGGUGCAGAAUCAAUUAAGAGGACAAGAUGCAGAACUUUUAAACGAAUAUUUCCUAACCGAGCAAGAAAAGGAUCCAUGCUUCUUUUUUAAAAUAGAUGUAAAUGAUGAUGGUAAAUUGAAGUGUUGUUUUUGGGCUGAUUCGGUGUCUAGAAGAGCUUAUGGAUGUUUUGGUGAUGUAGUUGUAUUUGAUACAACUUACAACACUAAUCAAUAUGGUAUGAUAUUUGCACCCUUGGUGGGGAUAAACAAUCAUGGUCAAACGGUGCUUUUUGCAUGUGCCUUUUUAAGUGAUGAAAAAACGGAAUCAUUUGUUUGGUUGUUUGAGCUAUUAAAGGAUAGCAUGCCAACGAACAACCCAAAAAUGAUCAUUACCGAUCAAGAUCCUGCAAUGACAAAGGCUAUAGUUCAGAGCUUACCGAAUACAUUUCAUAGGUAUUGUAGUUGGCACAUACUUGAGAAGUUCUCUACGUAUUUAAAUGUGAUCACCUAUAGAGAUUUUUAUAAGGACUUCCAACAAUGCAUUUGGGAAUCAGAAUCCCCUGAAGAGUUUGAAAGAAAAUGGGUGACUACCAUCGAGAAGGCAAGCCUAGAUAACAAUGAUUGGUUAAAAUCAAUAGUUGAGCUACGCAAGAUUGAAUCCAUAGUUAGCAACACGAAAAGUGGAGGCAUUUCUAAAAAAGCUAGCACUGCUCAUGACUAUGAGGCUUUGAAAAACCCAUCUGCUGUGAGGGCAAAGGGAUGCGGACAAAGAUUAAAAAGGGGAAAGGAGAAGGCAACAAAUGCCGCAAAGUAUAGAGGUCGACGUUGCAAUGGAUGUGGAAAAAUUGGACAAUCGCACGACAAAAGAAACUAUCCACUCCUCAAUAAUCCGUCCUCACAAAACGAGGAAAGUCCUCAGCAUGCCUCGGAAUAUGAUUCUAAAGCUGAUAGUUUGUCUUUCACAGGUCAGUGGCUGGUUGGGCUGGUUCCGAAUGGGGAGAUGCGAGCGGGAAGGGAGUGGAAGCAGAGGAGAAAAGGAAUUUUGGCAAAGGUGGUUCCAGCUGAUGCGAGCGGGAAUGCGAGCUGCUGUGAGCGGGAAGGGGAGAUUUUGCCAAAAUUCUGA